ACAUCCUCAUUUUCCACUCUUGAAAAUUCAAGUUAUUAUUGAAGCAUCCUAUUUCUUUUCUAAAACAAAAUGAUCUCUUGUGUAAUUACUUCUGCAUGUACUUUCUUGCAGAGUGAGAUUAUGAACUUGCCUUCUUUUCAUCUUUUUUCUUUGAAUUCUAGAUGAAGUUAAUAUGACAUCUCAUAGUUACUUCAAUGCCUUUUCUAGUGCAGCAAGAUUUUCUUUGUGUGCAACGAUAUCUUUAACACUUGUAACUUACAACAACAACAUACCCAAUGUGAUCCUAUAAGUGGGGUAUGGGGGAGUGGUGUGUAUGCAGCCUUACCUUGCCUUGAGAAGGUAGAGAGGUUGUCUCCGAUAGACCCUCGGGCCUCGGCUCAAGCAAUUAAUACCUAUAACUUUAUCUUAAGAAAAUUGGACCUUGACAUGAAAGAAUCUUAUAAAAUUGUGAAUUAGAAUAUGACAAAAUACAGUCAUCUUUUUUCUCAUAUAGUCAAGAAGGUUUUAUUUUUUUAAGAUUAUGGAGGACCAUGCAGUAUGAAAUUAAUUUCAGGACAUCAAAUGAAACUUGGUUUCCAAUCACUUUAAAUGUAGUUAUUCUGUCAUGUGAAUGAAAUAUGUAUCGCUAUACAAAUUUAAAGGGGAAAGAAGAGAGUAACUCUAGAAAGAUUUGUUUGGUUAAAGAGUUCUAAUUUUUGUGAAACAAAUUGAAUGAAGGCGGUAGUUAUCUCAACUUUUUCAAUAUGGAAUGAAGGGGAUAGUUUGAGAAAGAUGACUUAAUUCACCUGAACUAUGCACUAUGACUGGAUAUUGUCUUCCUUUUCCUAGUAGUGCCAAGCAAAUGAGAAGAGUCUAAAUAUAUGUCAUAUGAGGUUAAUUCUCGAGGACUAGAGAUCUUCUCUAAAAGUUGGCUUCCAGAGACAAUCCCCCCCAAAGCCAUGGUAUACUUCUGUCAUGGUUAUGGUGAUACAUGCACAUUUUUUGUUGAAGGCAUUGCAAGAAAACUAGCAUCUUCCGGUUAUGGAGUAUUUGCCAUGGAUUAUCCUGGAUUUGGUCUUUCAGAAGGUCUUCAUGGCUAUAUACCAAGUUUUGACAAGUUAGUUGAUGAUGUCAUUGAGCAUUACUCGAAGGCGAAAGAAAAUCCAGAGAUACGGAACCUACCAAGCUUCCUAUUUGGGCAAUCAAUGGGUGGAGCAGUAGCUCUGAAGGUGCACAUGAAGCAACCUGAUGCAUGGAACGGUGCUGUUCUUCUCGCACCGAUGUGCAAAAUUGCAGAUGACAUAGUACCACCAUGGUUAGUUACACAAAUUCUAGUGGGCAUAGCAAAAUUUCUUCCAAAGCAAAAGCUAGUUCCGCAGAAGGAUCUAGCAGAGUUUACAAUCAGAGAUGUGAAGAAGAGAGAACUGGCUGCUUAUAAUGUCAUUGCUUACAAGCACAAACCCCGUCUACAAACUGCAGUGGAGUUAUUGAAUACCACCCAAGAAUUAGAGAAACAACUAGAUAAGGUCUAUCUGCCAUUGCUAAUAAUGCAUGGAGAGAAUGAUAGAGUGACUGAUCCAUCCAUCAGCAAAGCAUUGUACGAGAAGGCAAGUAGUUCGGACAAAAAACUGAUCCUUUGUAAGGAUGCUUAUCAUUCUUUGCUCGUGGGUGAGCCGGAUGAGAUGAUACUUCAAGUUUUUGGUGACAUAAUUUCUUGGUUGGAUGAGCAUACUUCCUAGUAAUUACUUUUUUAUUUUAUUUUUUGUUCUGCCCAUUUUUUCAUGGUUUAGGGAGACAGUGGUAAGAUAACUGAGUAGCUUAUUCCUGCGAAUAAACUGUAACCCUGAGUUCUGAGCGUUUUGAAGCUGCUUCUGCUCUGAACAUGACAAGAAUGUAACUUUCUUGAUGGUUUUAGAGGGAGCUGAUAGCUUGGGCUUUAUUUGAUGCUCAUUGCGAAUUUUCACCCUUUUUGUUUUAGAGGGAGCUGAUAACUUCCUUUAAACUUCUAAUUAAAAAUGAAAGAAUAUUUACUGUUA